ACAUAAAAAGCACGAAAUAAAUAGCAAACCAUUAAUUUAGCGUUCUCUGUUCUGUAGUGUACACUUUGGCUCUGUUGUUGCUUUGUAAUUUGAUCUUUGAUCUCAACAACCGUAGUAAAGCUCAACGAAAUGUCAAGUCACAGUGCUUCAUCCUCAAGUGAUAUUUCAGUCGACCUAACCGAUGCCUUUCGAAGUAUGAUACUGAACAAGCGUUUCGUGUUGUGGUAUGAUUUUGAAAGUGCCUUAAAAGAGUUCCAAAAAGUAUGGAACUAUAAUUUUAUCGCUUCUCAGACUACUUAUACUCGUUACAUCCACACAGAAAGCAGAUUGCUGAAGGAUGUCAGGUUCAGAUACCUGUUUGUAUCGUUUAAUUGUACGUUUGGUCACAAACGGAAAUCGGAAGGUUUGAAAGUGAGGCAAAAAUCGUCUAAAUUCCGUAAUUGUCAAUCUAAAUUCCGUGUAAGACUAGAAGAGCAAGGAUAUGUCAUCAAAUCCUACAAGAUGAUACACAAUCAUCCAUGUAGUAGUUCAUGGAUGGUAUGUGAUCCAUGGACAAGGAGAUUAUCGUCGGAAGAAAAAGAGAACUUGAAGCCCGUAAUACUUCACUGUGAGUCAGCAGACGAAGUUAUCGAAAGUAUUAAGGAGAGAACUGGUAAGCAAGUAACUGCUGCCGAUGUCAAAGCUAUGAAAGCUACACUCUCCACUGGUAAGUGUAUAUAAAUAUAUUUCAGGUUGUUGUACUCGGAAGCAAGUUAUGGAUAUGCUUAGACAAAAAGGCGAAGUGAGGGAGCAUUUAGAAAAUGGAUAUGCGACGAGAAUAUGUUUCAGUAGUUAUAACCAAAUACAACUCUAUAGGAAAUAUCCAGAAGUCGUGUGCAUUGAUUCUACGAUAUCCCUGCCGUCACAUGCUACUUGCCUACGUUAAAAGAAGAAAUCUUACAGCUCAUCAACUUCUUAGGUAUUGUAGCAGAUGGAAGUUACACAAUACCCAGAACUUCCAAAAUUAUACAUUACCUGCAUUACCACGACGGAGUGAAGUGUAUGUAAGUAUUCAACGAAGCCAAAGAAUCCAUAAACAUUGCAUCAUUGAGAAGUAUGGUGAACGUUUGCAACGGAAGUUGAGAAGAAAGUGGACAAUUAUUACUUAAGAAUUCUUAAUACCAACUUGUAAACUUGAUUUUCUGCUUUUGCAGCAAUGAUUCUUC